UAAAUGUCAACAUUGUUAGUAACUGUCAAGCUAACAGCGAUUGCAAACAUAUCUCUACCUUGUUAAAUUCCAAUAUGAGUAUUUAGAUUAUGUUAAUUAGAAAUUAGAAUUUAUUUUCUCCUUUAAAAUUGCCUAGUUUUUUAUUUUACGCAAUAUUUAUAGUUUCGGUUAUAUGGACUAUUUAGACUGAAUGCACCUCUAUGAGACAGAAAAGUCGUUUAUAAGUGUAAUGAUUUCUUGGCUCACACAUAGUUCUUCAAAACUUAAAUCUUUAAAUAGCUGCUAUUGAAGUAGGUUUUCAGAUUUUCAGCUCCAUAAAAUGUCGGCAAACGCUGCACCUAUAACAGCUACAGAUAGCUUAUCGCAAGCUUUAAAAGCGAACAUUAUACCAAAUCAGGAAUACUUACUUCAGGGCUCAGUGUUGGACUCGGCAGUAGAAGUUUUACUUCACCGAUUACGUGGUCUUUGUGACAAUGUUGAUGCUGGGCCAGAAACAUUUGAUGACCAGGAAGUGUGUUUCAGUCUACGGGAUCCUAAUCAUCAUCAGGCUCCCCCUCUCAUGUUGCGUGUUCGUAAAGCAUUAGAUGCUCGAGACAUGCCAUUUCAGUUACGAUACAUUGGGCAGCCUGAUUUGGGGGACAAAAAUAGGCCAACAGUUGUCCGUUCCAGUCUUGAUAUAGCCUGCAGUGGAAUGCUCAUUGAAUUUUUAAAUGAGCUAGGAUGCCGAAUUGAAUUUGAAUACAGUGUAAAAGGUUACAUGUUUAGAAAAGGUCGUAUGAAAAUUACUGUAGCAAAAGUGUUUAAGAUUUCUCAAAAUUCAAUGCCACCUGAACCUAUCUCACAGAGCUAUCUUGUGGAGCUUUCUGUUCUUGCACCACAAGGCCAGGACGCUAUCGGCGAGGAUAUGCGAGCCUUCGCCGACCAACUCAGGCCUCUAGUGCAGCUCGACAAAAUCGACUACAAGAGACUCGGGCACAUGUCGGUUUCAUAGCCCAUGUUCCUAACUCAGAACUUACUUUAACAAUUUGAGCAACAGUCUGGUGAAAUGAAGAAAAAUAGACAAAUUUUCUACGACAAUAUUCGAUUGAUAAAUGUAUAUAAAUACAAUACUCAUUUCAAACAAAUUUAAGAUUAUUCCAAGAGAAAACUACGGCAUCCAUUUUCAAUUAAUAUACGCUACAUUUUACAAAACUUUGUAUUCGUAAUCUCGUAACUAAAAUAUAAUAUGCACCGAUUACUUUCAAUUUCUAUUUCUAAGAAUAGCAUUUACUCCUCAAUAGUCUAAAAUGUUUAAUUUCUAUUUUUAUAUCUGUCAAUAAAUACUAAUAGGUCAACAUGCAAGAAUGAAUUAAAACAUGAUCAAAACAGGAUAA